GAAAAGCACAAGCGCGGUUUGGAGCUUUUGGAUAAAAGAAAAUCCAAGCAGUUACUUUUGAUUGAAGCUGCAUCAAACAGUUGCAAGAACAACGACUUUUUCAGGGAAUUAUGCGAUGUAUUGGUUUCAACUGAUAUUCCGAUUAGUAAAAUAAACAACAUUAAACUGAAAAGUUUUUUGAAAACUUACACAGGGCGUAAGAUACCCGACGAAUCGACUCUGCGAAAAAACUACUUACCGCUGUGCUAUGAGGCAACGAUAAAUAAUAUAAGAAACUGCACUGCCGGCAAACAAAUUUUUGUAUCAAUCGACGAAACAAGCGACGUGGAAGGCCGUUAUAUUGCCAACGUUAUAGUUGGCACCAUGGAGCGAGAAGAACCAUGCCAGACAUUCCUUCUUACAUGUGAGAUGAUCAAAAAAGUUAACCACACCACCAUAUGCCAGCUUUUUGAUAAAUCAAUGACUUUACUUUGGCCAGAAGGUGUUCGACAUGAUGACGUCUUGCUCUUUGUGACAGAUGCUGCUCCCUACAUGGUCAAAGCAGGAAAAUCUAUUAACAGUUUUUAUCCUAAAAUGAUACACCUAACGUGCCUAGCUCACGCUUUACACAGGGUCGCGGAGGAAGUACGAUCAAUAUUUCCAGUCGUUGAUGGGCUCAUAUCAAAAACAAAAAAGGUUUUUAUCAAGGCACCAUCACGAAAAGAUCAAUUUAAAAUGAUUGCACCUGGUGUGCCGUUCCCUCCAGAGCCUGUAAUCACCCGUUGGGGUACGUUGUUAAGUGCAUGUGCAUACUACUGCGAACAUUUUGAGGCAGUGAAAAAUGUUAUAAAUUCGUUUAAUAGCCUUGAUGCAAGGGCCAUUGAAGAGGCGCAGCUACUUUUUUCAAAUGAUGAACUGAAGGGUCAACUAGCCUAUAUAAGAGCAAAUUUUUCAUGUAUUUCAAAAACGAUAGAAUCCCUUCAGUCGAAACAUUUAUCUUUAGAAGUGGGUGUAAAUUUGAUUGAAGAUCUUAAAAGCAAAUUAAGUACUGUGCAUGGCGUAGCCGCUAACAAAGUAUAUUGUAAAUUAAAUCAAGUGCUAGGUAAAAAUGUUGGGUACAAAAGUUUAAAGUCAAUUGCUAAUGUUUUGAAUGGUGAAAAUUUUAACACAACACAUUUUAAUGCUUUGGCUUUAAACGACAUUGUCUUGUACAAGACUAAGCGCUUAACUAAAUUGCUAUUUGAAGAGAGUGUAUUGGCGAUGGUGGUUGACGACAGCAACCACACGCGCAAUAAGAAAAAAGCUAGUGAAUGUGAAAUUGAAAACAGCGCUCAGCGUUUGGGCUGA